UUUUUAAAUGAGUGAAUUGUGGGUAAUAUUAUUCAACGAAUUCACGAUUUUGCUGUGAAAACGGAGAAUCUAGGUUGAACUGCGUAGGACAGGAUUGAUUUUCCUCUAGCAAAAUAGGGUAUAGGCUUUGUUUCAUUGCCCUACAUGUUCCGACACGAUAGGCAGGACACAUUUCAAUACCAAAAUUUCCAAAAUCCUAUAAUGUCCCCGAUCUUGUAGAUUUGGUAGGCUACUCGUUCAUAUCUCUUCCCUAUUGGACCUGGCAUUUACCUGAAGAUAUUCUAUUUUAAAUCCACGCGCAUGCAACUAGCCGGAUAAGCUCUUGCAAGAAUGGCUUAGUUUACUCGGUUUCUUUGUCGUUUAUUCUCACACGAAAGCCAUCAAAUUAGAAGGAAAGGAGGAAUCCAAAACGACCUAUUGGAUGAUGGGAAGAACAAAGUAUGAUUCGUAAUUAGCUUGUUUAGAAAAAUCGGAGACAUAUACAUAUAUGGGCAAGCAUGAGAGGGAAUUUUAGGCUGACCAUUACUCAGGAGUCAGGUGGGCAGAGUGUGUGUGUGUGUGAGUGAUUUGAACUCAUUGAUGGAAAAGAUGUGGACAUAUUAGCCAUUCUUGACAUGAUUACUGUCCCACUUCCAAACACAGAACAAAAGCACUCAAGUGCUUCUCCACUAUAACACUUGCGCAUAUAUCAGUUACAGAAUAAUUUCCUCUCUCUCUCUCUCUCUCUCUCUCUACAAUCCCAGGGCUGUCUAUAAAUUGGACAUCAAUGAAGCUCUUGUUUGAACCAUGAGCAAUUAGAAGAGGUUCAUCAGACAAUAAAGAGAUGGAUCAGUGCUCUAAUGGAGUUGCUGCAACACACAGAGAUGUUUCUCUUCAGGAAAUUAGCAGAAGGCUAGCUGAGUUUGCUGAGAUCAGAGGAUGGGAUCAGUAUCACAGUCCUAGAAACCUGCUUUUAGCUCUUGUAGGGGAAGUGGGAGAGCUGUCUGAGAUAUUCCAGUGGAAAGGAGAAGUGGAAAAGGGACUACCCAAUUGGAGUAGAGAUGAUAAGGAGCAUUUAGAAGAAGAACUUUCUGAUGUUCUUCUGUAUCUGGUUCGUCUAGCUGAUGUGUGUGGCCUUGAUCUUGGACAAGCUGCUCUCACCAAGAUCGUCAAGAAUGCUCAGAAAUAUCCCGUUAAAAUCCAAACAACCAACAAAGCUUCUUCUUAAACGCAUGUAAUAAGUAAUGUAAUAUCUUCUUAGAUUGUGUCGUGAAUGAAUGAGCUGAUCAAAAUUUAUCAGAAGUGGGUCAUUUAGGUAAGAAAAUUUACUGAGGCACCAAGUUCAAUGAGUUUUUAUUAGUUGUUUGGAGUUCUACGGAAUUUCCCAACACAGGUAUCUACCUAGCUGCAGCAAGUUUAUGAGCAUUCGCUGUCAUUUUCUUAAUGUAUCUGUGGUACUUAUGAAAGUGGGCAUCUCUGUACCUUUCCUUU